CUUUCCCGCCGCCCGCCCCAGCUCUCUCCACCUUUUUUCAUCUCCGCAAGUCAAUUCCCGGCUCUGCAUCCUUUUAAUUCAGUGCGCCUAGCAUGAAGGCCUUCACCAACAGCUCUCUUGGAGCGCGCGCCGGAGCCGCCGCCAGAUCUUCUCUGGCAUCCCAAUCAUACGGCCGCUCAGUGGCUUAUAGGCGGUUAUCCACCGCCCUGCUUCAGUCGCAGCGCUCUGCAUCGUCUCCUGUCGCCUCUUCGCAGCUUUCUCUUCCUUAUCUCCAGACCCAGCUCCAGCCUCAAGACAUCCUUCUCCGGUCAUCCGCCGCCUACGUCAGGCAUUUUUCCUCCCAAUCAAGAUUGAACGCCGACACCAAGAGGCCCCAGCCCGCCGAGCCCCAGGCCAAGGCUCCGAAGGACAGCGCAAAGAAGGAGAGCAAGAAGACCUCCGAGACCGGCGAGCAGAAGGAAGAAGGCGAGCCGAAAGCGGAAGGUGAGCAAAAGGCGGAAGGUGAGCAAAAAGCGGAAGGUGAGCAGAAUGCGGAAGGCGAGCAGAAGGAAGGUGGAAAGAAGGAGGCUCCUCCUCCUCCGCCGCCGCAUGGAGACAAGACCCCUUGGCAGGUCUUCACCGAGACGCUGCAGUCCGAGUUCAAGGCGUCGAAGGAAUGGAACGAAAGCACCAAGGCUCUCGCCUCGGGCUACAACGACUUCACGCAGAACGAGAACGUGAGGCGCGCGCGUGGCGCGUACAGCAAGGCGACUGAGGCUGCGUCAUCUACAACUGGCGCGGCAUUGAAGACCACCGCCACCGCUGUCGGUAAGGGUGCUGCUUGGACUUGGGACACCACUGUGGUGAAGGGCAUUAGGAAGGGCGCGAAUGCGACGGGCCGUGGUCUGGAGAAGGUAACGAGGCCUGUGCGCGAAACCGAGGCGUACAAGAACGUGAAGGAGGUCAUUGAUGAUGGCAGCUCGUCCCGGUACGGUGGUUGGGUCGAGAAGGAGGAGCGGAGGAAGAAGCGUGAAGAACGCGACAUCAAGAUGGGCAGACCUAAGACGGUCGAAAACAUGGAGGAGGACCCAGACGCCGGCACCAACGUCACCCUGCACAAGGACGCUGCAUGGAAGGAGUCCUGGCGCGACUUCCGCGACUCUUCUCGCCUGAUGCAGUCUCUCUUCACCAUGAAGGAGCAGUACCGCGAGUCCGAGAACCCGCUAAUCAGCACGGCACGUAGCAUCUCCGACCGUGUCGCUGGCUUCUUCGCCGAGAACGAGACGGCCAUGGUCAUUAAGAAGUUCAAGGAGAUGGACCCCACCUUCCAGCUCGAGCCCUUCCUGACCGAGAUGCGCGAGUACAUCCUCCCCGAGGUCUUGGACGCAUACGUCAAGGGCGACGUCGAGGUGCUCAAGCUUUGGCUGUCUGCGGCGCAAUACCAAGUCUAUGCUGCGCUGAUGCAGCAAUACACCACCGCGGGCCUCAAGUCGGACGGCAGGAUCCUGGACAUCAGGAACGUUGAGAUCCUCAACGCCAGACUGCUGGACCCUGGUGAGAUUCCCGUUUUCAUCGUCACCUGCCGCACGCAGGAGGUGCACGUGUACAAGAACGCGAAGAGCGGCGAGCUCGCUGCCGGCAUGGAGGACAAGGUGCAGCAGGUAACGUACGCCAUCGGCGUCACCAGGAUCCCCGAGGACGUGAACAACCCCGAGACUCGCGGCUGGCGCUUGAUUGAGCUGCAGAAGAGCGGCAGGGAUUACAUCUAGAUGCGCUCCAUCUAGCUAUGUAAAUCUUUCCCCCUUCAAAAAUCACCCACAGUCCUCCUUUUCCGCGUAAAAAUAAAUACCUCACACCCAUGUCGGCCAUUCUUGUUCCCAAGCAUUAUUCGGCAACCACUCUUUGCGUUUAAUGCGGUAUCGGCGGGCAUUUCACGGCGUAUGAUCCACGAAGAAAAAAGUGCCUUUUUGAGCAGAGCAAGGAGGCGGUGGCCAUGUUGUUGAUUCCCCACUACGUGUACUAUUAUAUCGCCCCGGCAUCCUUGGUGGGAGGAGUUGUGGUGCACAGGCGGGCGACGGGCCGCCAAGUGCGAUUUCCUACUUACUACUACUAACUUCCCCCCUCAUGUACAUUAUGUGCUUUGUUCGCUGUUGUUGUUAUACCUCUAUGGAGAUGCGGUGGGCUUUGGAUUCGGGGUGUGGGAUGCUGAGGAAGAGACGGGCGAAAGAGUGGCGGCCUGAAUUCGAGACGACUUUCUCCUGUG